AUGAAGAAACAGGAGAAUAAUUUCAUUCAUGAUGAAAGGGAAAUGGUAAAUCAUGGCAACCAAGCUAUCAACUUACACCAAAAUUCUGUAGGUCAUGAAAAUGACAUUCGAGCCCCAUAUGCAGGUCAAGCUCCUACUGUUGACCAUUCUGCCUCAGGCAAGAAAGAAAGCUUUUCACCCAGGACAUCUAAUCGUAGCCUUGGAUUUGGUGAUUCAGUUGCGGUAUAUAAGGAUGAUUUUCGACCUACAUCAUCAGGUAGCAGCCCCGGUGUUGGUCAUAAAUACAAAGAUGAUAUUGAACCAAUUUUACGUAACGUUCCUGGUGUCACCUAUUCUUUUGCAGAAAACUCGGACGAUUUCCGACCCACGAACCCAGGUGGCAGCCCCGGCGCUGGACAUAAAUGUGCAGAGCCAAAUGCAUAG